AUGACUUCAACAAUUUUAUCAACACUUCGCGAAUUCGAUUAUAGGGACGAAAAAAAAUUAAGAUCAUAUUUCGAUGAUAUCAUGAGUAGAAUGCCAGUAGAUGAUGAUCAAUAUUUGAGCGAAGUCGUCAAUGCACUUAUUGACGUAAAGUUUAUGUGUACAGAUACCAUUGAUCAUCCAUUGUUCGUCAGUAUGCGAAAUAUAUUUAUCGAGACUAUUAAAAAAUCUGCCAAUGAUUAUGAAUUGUCAAGCCGUAUAGGCCAACUAUUUACUCAAAUAAUGAAAAAUGUCACGGACGAAAAUAUCCAUCUCGUCCGACAGUUGUUCGCAGAACAGAAUCUAGCUGACUGCUCAGUUAAGUCUCUGCAGAAUUUAUUACCGACAUCAAAUAACAACUUGAUUGGAAGCAUCGAAUAUAUGAUUGAUGCAUAUCAAACAUUUCAAGAAGAUCGUCCAACUGUUCAGAAUGAUCCGAUUCUUUUGAUUCUAAUAAUGCCCAUCUUUGAGUUCAUUAAAUCAGCAGAAUAUAGAAAUUCAUUUAUGCAAUUAUCGAUUAAUCACGAUGAACUUACACGCUAUCAAAAGCUCAUACUUGUCACUUGUCCGAAGUAUAUUGUUUCACAUUGGGGUCAACAUCACGAAGAAAUAACAUCUAGAACAGCGCAAUAUAUGUUAAAUCAAACGACAGAAAUUUUCAAACACUUUUUACCAUCGAUUGAUGAUUGGAAAGAGCCAAUUAUUUGGUGUACUUUCUGGUUGAUCUUACUCUGUCAAAAUUGUGCAAACGAACGUCUUCUGUCCGUUUACAGUGCAGAACACGAGAAAAUUCUUGAAUGUGUACUCGAGAUUAUUCAAGGAAAAGAAUUAUGGCAGCUUGCCUGUCAGAAUUCAACAUCAUCAGAGAAACGGCAAAAACGAGCAGGUCAACUUUUCUGCUAUGCUACAUUGUACAUAUACACAAUGUCAUUUUUGCCCGAGCUAAGCGAUAAACUCAAAGAGAAUAAUACCGUACCAUUGUUAAUGAAACUUACUGAAGUCAAUUUUGAUAAAACUCAAUUGCAUGCUUAUCGAGCACUAGCUGUCAUUCUCACAGACAAUGAUAUUAAACAAUUGGCAAAUCCAGCACGGGUCACAAAUGUAUUUGUUUUCUACUUGAAGAAGUCUAUCGAUGGAAUUGGACUAAACCAGCGCUUGGAAAAUUCUCGUCUCAGCUUGAAAAUUCUUAUGCAACAUGAGCAGAUCAAAGACGAAUUUGUUAAACAUACAGAUGGUAUUCCUCUUCUUCUUCGAUGCGCAACAGAAACACGAUUUGAUGGUACAAAAAUUCAGUUAAGUGCACUUAAAAUUCUCAUGUCCUUAACUUUCAAUAGUGAAGGCAAAUCCUUGCUUCUGAAAAAUGACAACUUUAUUCAGUAUCUGAAAACAUUGGUUGCAUCUUCAAAACCACCUGAUUUACAGAAAGUGGCCAAUGGUAUCCUCUGGCGACUCUUUCCAAAGUAUGAGAAACAUGAAUCGAACUUCAAAUACGAUGCCAUGAUAUCAUAUGCUCAUAAAGAUAAAGAAGUGUGCCAUCGAAUUUAUAAGACUUUAGCUGCCGAUAAUUUUCGUAUAUGGAUCGAUCUCGAACAAAUGCACGGUACAAUAAUGCAAGUAAUGGCAGAAGCUGUUGAACAGUCGAAUUACGUUAUAGUAUGCAUGAGUGAUAAUUACAUUGUAAGUCCAUAUUGUCAAGCUGAAGCACAAUAUGCAUUUGAACAGCGACGUAUCCUUAUCCCACUUCGAGUACAGGCUGGCUACAAACCGCAAGGAUGGCUAGGGUUUUUAUUGUCAGGUCGAAUGUACAUAGAUUUUAUGAAAACUAAUUUUAAUACUGCCUAUGCUCAACUGCUAUCGGAAUUUCGUCUGAAUCAACUCGAUAAGAAACAGAAUACAACGUUCGUUAACCACUCAAAUGUUAGCGAAUCACCAGCAGUGAUAGAUGAACGCAUCACCUACUCAUACUCAAAUGAUGUGCUUCAGCGGACUCCAGCCGACGUUCACAAUUUCCUACUUGACAAACAACUGAAUCAAAUGGUGCCUGUAUGUCAGCAAAUGGAUGAACGAAAAUUAACAGAAUUAUACAGGCUGUGUCAUGUCAAUAGUCCAGUACUGUUGCAGACACUUCGCUCGGAAACGAAGGGAUUACAUUCUACUACGCUAUCGACGAAUAUCUAUUUGACAUUUAUUCAUGAAAUGAAAAAUUUAAUACCGGAAGAGAUCAGUAAUAAAGCAGUACAACAAUCCGUAGCUUGUACACUGUUAUAA